ACUAUAUAUAAGUCUGUGGUAUGUGGUUUUUGCUCUCACAGACCUUGAGCUCUUCAGUCAUGAAAAUGUAUUUGAUUUCUUUAUGACAACAUAAACAUAGAAUCUGAUGAUGGCUCUCCUUGCAGAAGGGUUAAUUCAUCUAAGUUAUUUAAGUUUAGAUUUACUUUUAAAUUUGCGCAAGUUCACUCCGAUCUGUCUUUUGUUUUACACCACUUAUGUUUGCAUACUCGUUCAUGUUGUUGAAGCGAAAGAAGUCAACAUCGAAGUAUUUCAGUAUGCCAAAUACAAUUCUAAGAAUAGCCACGACUCAGGCAAAGCAUCAGCGUUGUCAGCAUCGUCAUCCUUUUUCAAACCUAUUGUUUACGCCACCAACAAUGAAUUCAACAUAAAUGAACAUGAAGAAUAUCAACACUGCACUGUUGAUCUAAGCCAAAGAAAAAAUCCAGAAGCUAUAAUUUCAGUAAAAGGAAGAUAUUUGACAGCAGGAAGUACUCAUCUUGUUGAAACUGGAAGGCUUCACUUGCUAUCAAGUGACAAUGAUGGCAGGAAUGAUGAAAAUGGAUUUGCUAGAUUACCUCAAGACUGGGUUGGCGUUAUUCAUUAUACAGCAGAAACUGACGGCAAUGCAGUUGAUGGAAAUAGCAAUGACUCACCGCUCAUUUUGGAAAGGGUUCGUAAAGCAUUGAUGUUCGGGGCGUCUGCUAUAAUCAUCUUAACACUAAAUCAAGAAAUAAUACAAGAGAGAGACAAUUAGGACUCGAAGAUGCAAGGUGGAAAUUUCUUUUGGUUACAUCCCUUUGACCAAAUUAAUAAAUUUUCAAGACAACCCAAACAGGACAGGAUUUCAUGAAAAUGGACCAAAUGGACUACUAAACUGUUAAAAAAUAAAACAGAAACGGAAAAAACAAACAAAAAAAAAAAAAAAACACUAUUACAAUAAAUAAUAAUAAAUCUAAUCUUAAAAUGAGUUAUAUGCCAAAAUGAAAUAAUUUUUUAAGCUCUUCAUACACAUACUUACUUUGUGCUCUGUACUUAAAUAGAAACCAAUUUGCUUCAUUAAAUGUAUAUUUUUGUAACUCUAGCAGACCCCAGAGAAUUUCCAAGGAUAUAGGAUGGAGGUCCUUUGUCUUAGGUUCUUAAGGGAAAAAUUGUUGCAAAAAUAAAUCUAAAUCUAAAUAAAAAUGAAUGCUAAUCACUCAUAAGUCUUUAAAAAAAAAAAAUAAAAAAAAAUAAUAAAAAUAUAGUUUGGCAAUACUCAUUUUAAGGAACACCUUCAAAAUUUUUGUGAAUGUUUUUUUUUCACCAAUUUCCGGACAUUUGCUGUCAACAUUUUAUGGACCGUUGCUGUCACCUUUUUCUGGACCUUUGCUGUCAUCAUUUUAUUGGAACUCUGCUGUCAUCAUUUUCUGGACACAUUCCCGUGACCAUCUUAUGGAUCUUCGCUGCAGCCUACUCCGCGAUCAUACUGAAAAUCCUGGAAUAUGACUUUGAUAAAAAUGUCUUUUUUUUUUUUUUUUUUUUUUUUU